AUCCACAUCAAAAUUUCCUACAUUUCUUUUUAAAAUUUCCUACAUCUCAAUUACUAGUAAUAAGGGAUUGAAAAAAUUGUGGUCAGUAUAAGCAGGGAUAUUCCUUUUCCCAGAGCACCCUCCAGAAGAUCACCCCUGCAUUUCUCCUACUACAUUCAACACCUUUGUCAGCCAUACCUCCACUAGUUUUUUCAUGGCAGCACCUUCUCUUCUUUCAAUUCUUGAAUGUUGAUCUCAAUUACCCCUUUCACUUACCAUUAUUAGAGGCUCAAACCGCCAAUGUUAAACAUGGAAAGCCUCUUAAUCUUAAAACCCACAUCACCAUUUUUGCAUUCUUAUUGUUCUCCGUCUUCUCUUACCGUUCCUUUUAAUCCACCUACAACACCCAGAAAUUGUUGCAGAAAUAGCUGCCGAUUAGUUAAAAAGUUUCAGUCUUUGAGCCCUUCUUGUUCUACUAAGAAACAGCAGCAAAAUACUCUUCAGAAAUCUCCUCCUCCUCAAAGUCUUAGACGUUUAUUGAAUUGGAAUACUAAAGGUGAAGAUGAUGAACAGAAAUCUGGUGAUUUAGUUAGUUCUAGAAAUGGAGGUGAAGAUGAAGGAAUGGAUAUGGAAGGUGGUACUGCUCUUAAAGGUACUCUUGUUGCUGGGUUGUUUUUAGUUGGUGUUGUUGGUGGAUUUGGUGCUGUUGGGUAUGUUUAUAAGGAUCAAAUUAAUUCCUUUUUGACCCAGUUUUCUUCUUUCAUUGAAGGUUAUGGGCCUGCUGGGUAUGCUCUUUUUGUGCUUGUUUAUGCUGGACUUGAGGUACUUGCAAUUCCAGCUAUUCCAUUGACACUGUCAGCAGGUCUUCUAUUUGGUUCUGUGAUUGGCACUGUUAUUGUUUCUAUUAGUGGAACGUUGGCAGCAAGCAUUGCUUUUUUAAUUGCCAGAUACUUCGCCCGUGAGCGUAUAUUAAAACUUGUUGAAGGAAACAAGAAGUUCCUUGCAAUUGAUAAAGCCAUUGGAGAGAAUGGUUUCAGAGUUGUCACGCUUCUUCGCUUGAGUCCCUUGCUUCCUUUUUCCCUGGGGAAUUAUUUGUAUGGAUUGACAUCGGUCAAAUUUGUCCCCUAUGUUUUGGGAAGUUGGCUGGGGAUGCUUCCAGGAACUUGGGCCUAUGUGAGUGCUGGAGCUUUUGGACGGGCGGUUAUCCAAGAAGAAUCCGUACUUAAUUUGUCCGGUGGAAAUGGAGGAAAUGGACAACUUCUUACACUGGGGCUGGGAUUAUUAGCAACAGCUCUGGCUGCAUCUUAUGUCACAAAACUUGCCAAGGAUGCAAUGAAGGACAUUGAGUGAUAAGAGAAAGCUUGUUGGUGUUGUAGGUUGUAAAAUCCUUAGAUUACAUUUUAAAUUUGUAAAUUGUAAGAUAGAAUUCUUAAUUUAAUGUUAACUUCCUUUUUGAUUUGCUCAAAUCAUGUGAAAUAUAUAAAUAAAUGAGGAUAAUAAAAAAGCAUUAAGCA